UCCGCCUGCGAAACAUUCUAUCCGCCGUUCGUUUAUUUGCGGUUAUCAAUUACUCACCUCGAUGCACAAACUUAUCGCCGCUUGCGUGCUCCUCGCCGGGAUAUGCUUCAUUACUGACAAUGUGAACGCUGGGAUGAACAUGUUCGAUUGGAAAUAUUGGAAGUGCUUUCUGAAGAAAUCAACUGAUUGUCCCGAUAACGACAUUCGUUUCUAUCUGUAUUCGCACGAGUCGGGAACGCGCCGGAAACGCAUUGAUGUUCGGAAUCCCUUGGCGCUCAACAUCGCCGGCUGGAAUCGGACGAAAAACAACGUCAUCAUCAUCCACGGCUUCAACGGUACCGAGAACAAGAGUCCCAUUACGAUCCUUAGAGACGCCUUCCUGACGCGCGACGAUUAUAACGUCUUCACGGUCGAUUGGAAGCCGCUGACGCAAUUCCCGUGCUACCUCUCGUCGCUGUCGAAUACCCGCCUGGUGGGCAAGUGCACGGCGCAGUUUUACGCGUAUAUCAUGGACCAUGGCGGUGCGGCAAGGAAGACGACCUGCGUGGGCCACUCGCUCGGCGCGCACAUUUGCGGCAUCAUAAGUAAUCACCUCGACGUCAAGCAGCAUCGCAUCGUAGGAUUGGAUCCCGCACGCCCGCUGAUUAACGAGUACGCCUCGCAUGUGACCCGUCUCAGUCCCGAGGACGCUUUUCAGGUGCAAGUCAUCCACACGAAUGCUGGUUUCCUCGGCGAGGCACACCAGCGGGGACACGUGGACUUCUGCGUCAACGGUGGUAACUCACAGCCGGGAUGUAAAGGCCACUGGCUGCGUAUCUCGCGAUGCAGCCACUUUCAGAGCGUCUGCUUCUACGCUGCGACCGUGCGGGGCACCCACACGCACAUGGGCCGGCCGUGCUCCUCCGUUUGUCCCAAACAGAGCAAGAACUGGGGCAUGAAGCCCGGGAAAGCUAUUCCUAUGGGAAUUAACACGCCUUUGAGUGCGAAGGGUACUUUUUGCGUCGACACCGGCGUUGCUACCACCAGACACAAUGAGUGUCCAUUUGACAAAAAUUAAUUACGACGAGCAAGACGAGAAAAACUAGUAAAUCGUUAAGACUUAUGUAGAAUUAACGAGCGCUCAUCGCAGCUGGGUUUUAAAAUGUUGAUUCGACUAGUUGCCACUAGGAGGCGCUGUAAGUCUGAUUAUUGAUUUACAACGUCGGGACUAUAAUAUUUUAGUAUUUAUUUGAAUUUAAAAAUAAGUAAAAAUUAAUAUUUAACAUUAUUUAAUAUUAUAAUGUAUAUUAAAUACAAUCUUACAAUAAUAAAAUUUAGUUAAACCUUUAAA